CACCGCAUCACACGCACCCGCUUCGCUCGCCGCCACGACCCAGUGCUCUCUCCGCUUCACGCACCUGCCACUCUCGCCUGUAGCGCACGUCGCCCGCCAUGGCCUCCCAGGGCACCGGCUACGACCUGUCCGCCUCGACGUACUCGCCCGACGGCCGCAUCUUCCAGAUCGAGUAUGCAGCAAAGGCAGUCGACGGCGCAGGCACGGCGCUGGGCAUGCGCUGCACAGACGGCAUCCUCCUCGCCGUCGAGAAGCUCGUGCCCACAAAGCUCCUCGUGCCCAGCGCAAAGGGCGCUAGCCUGAACCGCAGAAUCGCAGCCGUGGACCGGCAUGUGGGCCUGACCACCGCCGGUCUGACAGCCGACGGCAAGCAUCUCGCCAACCGCGCGCGCGACGAGGCCCUCAACUUUCGCGACACGUUCCGCAUGCCGACGCCCGUGCCUGCACUAGCCGAGCGUCUCUCGCUCUACAUCCAAGCCUACACGCUCUACUCGUCCGUGCGGCCCUUUGGCAUCUCGACGAUCCUGGGCGGCGUCGACGCCGACGGCCCGCAGCUCUUUCUCAUCGAGCCGAGCGGCGCGCACUUUGGCUACCGCGCCUGCGCCGUGGGCAAAGGGCGCGCCCUGGCAAAGACGGAGCUGGAAAAGCUCGACUAUGCGGCAUUGACGACGAGCGAGGCCGUGCAGAAGGCGGCCGAUAUCAUCUACAAGGUGCACGCCGAAAACAAGGACAAGGACUUUGAGCUGGAGCUCUCGUGGCUCUGUCCGCAGAGCAAGAUGCUCUUUGCGCCCGUGCCGCCGGCGCUUGUUGCUGAGGCGGCUCAGAAGGCCAAGGAUGCGUUGGAUGAGGAGAUGGAGGACUAGGGAUCUUGG